AUGCAGCUCUGUUACGCCUGCCGGCAUGCUUUCCCUGCCUCCUCGCUGGCCCCAUGUGUCUUCAGCGACAUCAUCUCGCACCGCUUCGAGGAGGUGCAUAAGGUCGUGAAGGAGCUGGACACCACAACACCGGAGGAAAACCACCGGAUCGUGCAGUUGCAGACGGCGCUUCGGGAGCUGCACUCUGCCGUGCACCAAGAGAUUGGUGCGCUGAAGGAGCGGCAGGCAAACCUGGAGGCUGCGCGGCAGCGGGAUCGGCAGGAACUGGAGUUGCACGCGCAACCCCGCAUGGCCACCCUGCAGGGCAGUAAUCCCCUUUCGAACACGCAAACCACGGGACACAAUCUGUCUCGGUCCAACUACUCCAAGCUUAAUCCCCGAGCCGCCUUCAACGGCACGGUGCCAGCGUACAAGUUGCGCAAAAUGAACUCUGCGCUGGAGUUGGUCUCUGCCAGCGUCUACUCCGUGUUAGAAAGCCUGGCCAUUCGAGCCCGGGCCUCUGUGGCACUGUUGUGGAUCCCACCGCCUGGUGUUGUGUCGACGGAGCUUGUGGCUCCGUUUGUGGUGGGACGCGAUAUGUCAAAGCUUUGGAACACGGCACCGUACCGCGUUUCCGAGAGCUCCAUUCCGUGCCUUGUGAGUGAGGCAGGCGUCGCACUGAACCUCAAACCAAAACCAGGGGUAGCUGAGGACGAUGUCGCGGAAAAUGCUCCCAUAUUGGAGUUGAUGGAAAUGCCAAACACCGCACAACUUGUUGUCCCUGUUUUCACGCGAUACGGCGAGGUUCAGCGAACUGUGCUCGGUGUGGUACAUCUGAUAGGCAACCCACUGUUCCCGUGCCCCUUUGGACUUCGUAAUGAAGAAAUGGCGGUCCAAACAGCUGCCACACUGUCUGUCAUACUGUCAUCGUACUAUGAAACGAUGGGUGGGGAGUGGGCCAACCGUAUUUACGAUCCAUUCCUACUGACUAGUACCUCGGCGUAUCAGGGGAAGCUUGACAUGCGGAGCAUGGAGAAGGUUUACGACGAUUUUCCCUCUCCAGCAACGCUCAUCUAUCGCUGCAAGAAUGAGAAGAGAGAGGAGGGUGACCCUCGUGAUGUGAUAAAGGCCUUGAAGUACGCCAUGACGAGGCGUGCGGUGCCGCGGGACACGGUGUGGUCUGUCAGGGAUAUGCACCGGUUCGCUAAGAACAUGGAGCAAAAUUGGAUCUCCGUCCUGCAUACGAACGCCGAGAUGGAAGCAAGGCUAGCCGGCUUGGAGGACAAGGUGCUGCGAGGCGAGAUCGAAAAGGGAGGCCACCGAACAGGAUCUCGAAUCGAAUCGUCUUCCCCCACAAUUAACGGAAGUUCUGUUGUUGGUCGUAUAAUGAUCACGCCUGUGGCUUCCGUGGACACGUUGCCGCUGAUGCCCGAGAGGAAAAAGGUGCUGAAGCCAGAGGAGGUGAACGAAAUUGAAAUUACCGCCUUGCGGCGUUUGCAAAACAUGGGGGUUGACACCACCCCGUUUGUGACGCCGAAGGGAGCUGACGAUGUAUAA